AUGCUGCUGGACCCUCUUGGCGGAAUUGUCAUAACAAAUGACGGAAAUGCAAUUUUGAGAGAAGUGGACGUGGCGCACCCCGCGGCGAAGUCGAUGAUAGAGUUGUCGCGCUCCCAAGACGAAGAGACGGGGGACGGAAGCACUUCCGUGGUGGUGCUUGCGGGGGAGCUGCUGCAGUGCUCCGUGCUGCUGCUGGAGCAGCAGCAGCUGCACCCCGCAGUGAUCGCCCAGGGCUUUCUGGGGGCCCUCGAAGACGCGCUGGGGCACCUGCGGGGCCUCGCGCGGUGUAUAGACACCUCGCAAAACGCCACACUCGCGCCGCUCCUCGACUCCUGCCUCGCCACCAAGUUUGCCUCCCGGUGGAACGGCCUUUUGACCCAAAUAGCUCUCCAGGCUGUCCGCAAAAUCGCCAGAAAACUUCCUUCUGGAAAACUCGACAUCGACAUCAAGCAAGUCCCACUUCCGCCGCUUCCUGAGGCUCUUUUCUGCACUCUUCGAGCCCCAAAAGCCCCAACAAAAACGAGAAACAGGGGCCCUAGGGGCCCCUCAGGGGGCCCCUCAGGCGCCCUUUUAGGGGGCCUCUUAGGGGCCCCUCAGGGGGCCCCUCAGGGGCGCUACGCAAAAGUGGAGAAAAUCCCCGGAGGAGAUAUUGAAGAAAGUCAAAUGUUGGAAGGAAUAAUGUUGAACAAAGAUGUCACUCAUCCCAAGAUGAGGCGGCGCAUAGAGAAUCCAGUAGUGCUGCUGCUGGACUGCCCGCUGGAGUACAAGAAGGGGGAGAGCCAGGCAAGCGUGGAGGUGACGCGCGAGUCGGAGUGGCGCGAGCUGCUGGAGCAAGAAGAGGCGGAAGUGGCUGCGAUGUGUCGCUGCGUGGUGGAGAGCGGGGCCAACUUGGUCUUCACCGAAAAAGGGGUUUCGGACUUGGCGCAGCACUUCCUCGCCAAGGCCGGCGUCGCUGUUGUCCGCAGAGUCCGCAAGACUGACAACAACCGCAUCAGCAGAGCCACCGGCGCCACUGUGGUUUCCAGGCCGGAGGAGAUUCUCAAGUCCGACCUCGGCACGCGCUGCGGCCUCUUCGAAGUCCGAAAAAUCGGAGAUGAGUACUUCACCUUUUUGCUGGAGUGCAAGGAGGGCACUGCAUGCACUAUUGUUUUGAGGGGAGGCAGCAAGGACGUGCUCAACGAAGUGGAGCGCAACCUCCAAGACGCCCUUAGUGUCGCCCGCAAUAUUCUCCUCGAUGGCAAACUUCUGCCAGGUGGAGGCGCCACAGAAAUGGCCGUGGCUGCUAGGCUCCUCGAUAAAGCCAAAAGCCUGGACUCCCUUCACCAAUAUUCUUACAGGGCAGUGGCCUCCGCCCUCGAAGUCAUUCCAAGAACACUUGCCCAAAACUGCGGCGCAAACGUUGUGAAGGUGAUGACGGACUUGCGGGCGAGCCACAGCCGGCUGGACAGCCCCGAAGCUGCAUGCAUUGGAGUGGAUGGAGAAACUGGCGAAGUUUGCGAUAUGAGCAAAAAGAUGGUUUGGGACUGUUUGUCCGUCAAGGAACAAGUCUUCAAGCUGCGGUGCUGCUGCGCAUCGACGAUGUGCUCUCGGGGGUUAGAAAAGAUGGGAAAGGAGGGGCCCCAGGAGAAGACGGGGCCCCAGAAGACAUGGAGACCUUUGGGGAUGCUCGUGACGGGUAAGCUGCGAAAGCAGCAGCAGCAGCUGCUGCAGCUGCUGCUGCUGCUGCUGCAGCAGCAGCGGAAGGAGCAGCAGCUGCUGCAGGAGCGGCAGGAAGAGCUGCAGCAGAAGCUGCAGCAGCUGCUGCAGCGGCAGGGAGGGCUUCAGCAGCUGCUGCAGCAGCAGCGGCAGCGGCCUAAGAUGCUGCAGCAGCUGCAGCAGCAGCAGCAGCAGCAGCAAAUGCUGCAGCAGCGCUGCAGGGCAUUUGCCACUUGUCCUUUACCCUGUUCAUGCGCCGAUGGCAGAAAGUGA